AUGGAAAUUACAGAACUCCGGCCGAAAAGACGAUCGAAAAAAGUAGGAGUUUCCUUAAAUUAUGACCGAACUAGACGGUCAUCAAGCAAUCAAGAAACUCUGUUUACAGAACUUCCAUCAAUUCCUAAUAUAAUGAUAUCUAGACGAAGAGAAACUCCAAAUACCACUAAAAAUCCAAAACAUAAGGAAAUCGACCCUAAAUCAUUUCAAGUCAGCAACAUAAAUAGAGAUCUCUUGAAUUUGGCCAAAAAAGAACUGAAAUUUGAUGAUACGAUUCUAGCACUCAUAGGGGUCGCGAUAAUUAUGAUCUCAUAUAUGGAGAACGAAAUUUUUUUUGCAAAUGGAAAUAAAAGUACUUACUUGUGCACGUAUUUAAGAGUUAUGGAGAUGGCCAUGGCAUUAUUCAGCGUCAUGUGAAUUGCCAGGCGAUACUAUAAUGUCUUAACGAUAAAGAUAGUGACCUUUGAAGAAUCCAUAUAUACUACACUGCUAUCAUCAUCCCUAGCCAAACCCAUGAUAAUUGAAAUGAUGAUUAAUAUAUGGUUUUCUCCUCCUGGAUAUGAUAGAUCAUUCACAGUCUCAAUGAUGGGUUACGAUAUGACCUAUUCUUGGAACUCUGUUUUCGCCUUCAUUAUCCUCCUCAGAAUGUAUUUGUGCAUAAGACUUUUUGGACACUAUAGUUUCUACACAAAACCUAAAGCUGAAAGAGUCUGCGAAAUGAACGGAGAACAAGCCUCUUCGCUAUUUGCGCUAAAAUGCUUUAUGCAAGAUGCCUCUCAUUUUGGUAUUGCACUUGUAUUUAUUAUUAUUUCUCUUUACUGGGCAUUAUUAAUGAGACUGGCUGAAAGAAAUAACAGAAUUUAUUCGAACACUCCAGACGUGGAGAGCCGCCUUGUAACCUUAGCUGACAACCUCUGGCUGGUUUUUGUAACAACCACAACAGUCGGUUAUGGAGACAUUUUCCCCGUAACCCAUCCUGGAAGAUGUAUCGCUGUCAUUGCUUGUAUCAUAGGAAACGUGUAUUUAGGAAUGCUUGUUGUAAGCUUAAGGAAAGAGUUGGAGCAUUCGAAAGAGCAGCAUUUAGCAUAUGCAUGGAUAACAAGAAAAGAGAUUGCUGAAGAUGUAAAAAAAGCUGCAGCUCUCGCUAUUAGAAAAGCAUUUACUUUAUAUAUGCUUCAUAUUAAAUGAGGAGGCUCUUGUGUUUCCCCGAUCAAGCCAAAUCCAAGAGUCGUUUAUAAAGGAGUAGAAGUCCCAAAUGACCAAGCAGCUUUGGGAGACUCCAAAUAUAAUAGAAAAUUCAGCCUGUAUAAAGAGAUGAAAGCAAGCCUGCAUCAUAUGAAAGUUCUUGUGAAAAAAUCAAGAGAAGUCGGUGAGACAGAUAAUGAUAUUAUAAUGAACUUGGCUGAUAUUGCACUUGUAGAUUUGUAUGAUAUUGAAGGGAAAUUAAAAAGCGUUAUAAAUGAAUCGAGACUGCUGGAAGCUUCAAGUAGUAUUGGGGUUCAAAGACAAAUCGAAAAUAAAACGGCAGCUAUUAGAGAUAUGUCGAGAUUGAUAAGAAGAAGGCUAGUUGGAAAUAGAAGAGGGACUGUAUCGCCUGAUAUGUCUCCUAAAAGGAUUGUUGAUGACUAUUUCUCUGUGGCAGCGAACGAUUUUAGUAUAAAACUCGAAAAACAAGAAAAUCAAGAAAAUCAAAAUUAA